CCGCGGGCACUGGGUCAGACAUUGGAUCGUCUGGCCCGACAGCGGGCAUCGGGUCACCAGGCAUGGGAUUGUCUGGCUCGACAGCGGGCAUCGGGUCACCAGGUAUGACAGCGGGCACUGGGUCACCAGGCAUCAGGUCAUUUGGCUCGCCAGCGGGCACCACGGCAUCUGGCAAGGCAGUGGGCACCGAGUCACCAGGCAUGACAGUGGGCUCCGAGUCAACUGGCAUGACCGCGGGCACUGGGUCAGACAUUGGAUCGUCUGGCCCGACAGCGGGCAUCGGGUCACCAGGCAUCAGGUCAUUUGGCUCGACAGCGGGCACCGCAUCAUCGGCAAGGCAGUGGGCACCGAGUCACCAGGCACAACAGUGGGCUCUGAGUCAAUUGGCACGACAGCGGGCUCCGGGUCAUCUGGCGCUGGAUUGUCUGGCUCAACAGCGGGCAUCGGGUCACCCAGGCAUUGGAUCGUCUGGCUCGACAGCGGGCAUCGGGUCACCAGGCAUGACAGUGGGCACUGGGUCAUCAGGCAUGAUAGGAUCAUCAGGCUGGGUACAGACAUCAGGCUGGGUACAGACAUCGGGCUGAAGUGCGGGUGCCGAGGCACCAGGCUGAACCACGGAAGGCAGGUUCUCAGACAGCAGGUUCACCGGUUUGGAUACUGGCAGG